GGUACGGAUCGCACGCCCCCGCGCACCACAUUUUGGCGAUCGCGCUCGCAAUAAAAAACUUAUGGAGGAAUAAAAUUUAGUGUUUCUGCCACGAUGAAGUGAAAAAUUAUGUUGUGGCCGUAAAAACAAUGUGCUUUAUGUGUACAGUUUGAUAUUAGUGUGAUGAUAAUAUUUUUUUCAAAAUGACUGUACUUCUCGUUUUGGGAUUUUUUGUUGUGAUAGCAACGGCACACAACAUCACGUUCCUUGAGGUGCCGAGGUACGGCGACCCGCACCGGGAAGCGAAUCUCGUCUGCCAUUACGUGAAUGAGAAGGACGACCCUCCACUGCACUCCGUCAAGUGGUACAGGGGGAGGGAUGAGAUAUUCAGAUACACCCCUGGUCAGCAGCCACCGACCCGAACAUUCAACACGACCGUGGAGAGAGUGACGCGAGGGUCGUGCAACUUGCACAGCUGUUCAGUCAGCGUAGUCCUCCCGAGGAUCUAUAACACAAGACUCUCGUUCACCUGCGAGGUCUCAACAGAGGGACCGAGGUUUGCUGUCGUCAAGCAAGUCAAGAAUUUGACUGUCGCUGUAACACAGAAAGAAGACCCAGUGAUAACGGGCGUUCCGGGCAGCAUCCAGCUCGGAGAAGACAUCAUAGUGAACUGCACCACGGCACCGGCCAUGCCGCCCGCCAACAUCGCGUGGUACGUCGACUCCAAACCAGAAAUGACCGAACCAUGGAUGGUGAACAACACGCAAGUCUCAGGGCCGAACGAGUUCGGGCUCCGGUCUAGCUGGCGGUCUCUCCGGCUCAGGGUCGCCACUGCGCGGGGCUUUCUGCUCCUGCGCUGCGAGGCCACGCAACCCACGUGGCCACCGUACAUGAGGUCCACCAACGCCACCAUCAUCGUCACGUCGCCACACCUCUCUAAGUUUACUGCGUCAGGCUCACAGCGGUCGGCCAUCGAAGCUUUCCUGCUCAUCACGUGUAUAGUACAGUUAAUUUCUAAAUACAGUGCCUUGAGUGAAAUCUAAAUUAUAUGUAUAGUGUGGUAAGAACGAAUCUCGUUUGGCGUAUUCUCGCGAAUUUGAAAGGUUAUCUUGGAUGGUAUUAGAAGUAUUCUUGCUUAAAAAGUAUUAAAAUAACAUCAUUUAUGUUAUACAAACGAACUUCUUAGACAUGGAACGAUUUUUAGUAUGAAAAACAACGUUCCGUGUCUUAAAAAUCGUUUAUAUAACAUGAUAUUGAUACUUAUUUUAUAAUGGUAGUAUUUUAGGUAAGAAUAACUCUUGGCGAUAUCGCUUAAAGUAACCUAUUCAAAUUCGCUGAUGAAUCUUUGUUUACAUACUCGAGGGAAACUAGAUUUUUUACUUUGAUUCAACAAUGAAUUCUUAUUAAUGCCAAUAUGUCAUUAUAAAUGCGAACGUCUGUCUAUGGGACUUUAAAAGUUAAAUCACUUACCAAUUGUUGGCGAAUUUUGUAAUAAGCUGGAAUUCUAAGAAAGGACACAAUGUUUUUUUUUAUAUUUUAAGAAAGGAUAUUGCCAACUUUUUUUAAUUUUUCACAAAUAUUCCACGCGGGUGAGACGCCAGCAAAGGCUAGUGAUACAAAAUAACCUUUCUAGAAUGUUCUUUACGUACAUUUCGAAAACCAAUUUAGUUCGAGGUUAUUCAUACAGGGUCAUUUUGACAUUGUAUUACUAAAUGAAACCACCUUGUUUUCACCUUUGCCGCUCUUGUGCCAAAAAUCAUCCAUUAAUAAUGAAUAUUUUCAGGGAUUUUUCCAGUUUUACUUAUAUUAUUUUUUAUCAGUUUGUAGUUUAAUGCGAAUAUGGCGUGUGCGUGAGUGUAUUUCUGACUGAGAGUAUGAUUUUGCUGCUGCGAUGAAUUCUUCUAGAGUAGUGGCAUUAGGGCGCGUAAAAUUCAAAUUACUUUUUAUUAAUAUUUAUUUUGUUCGAAAUUUAAAUUUUUUAUUUCACAUCUAGUACUUAUAGUAAAGUAUUAUUUCCAAGUAGAUAAGUAUGUGGUAUCAGUUAGUAACGCAAUGUCAAAUGACCCUGUAUCAUGUAAAUUUGUAACAUGUGAAUAAAUAAAGCUAAAAGUAUUUGCCAAUCGCUUCAGUGUGUAAACAAAGCAGACACAUUGCUAUAUUCUGUUUAUUUUCGUUAUUACUGUUUUGUACUAUUGUUAAUUCUGCGUAUUCAGCGUGCCUAAAGUUACGUUCAAUACACAUUUUCCUGUUUUCAAGCGAUAUACUAGUUGUCCGAGCUUGUAAAUAUAUGUACGGUGGAACCCUGUUUAAGUUAGUAGUAAGGGUGAAAGUUUGAUUAAGGAAUAUGUUAUUGUUUGUGUUCAUAAGUUUAAGGUGUAUGCUUUGGGUUUUAAUUUGGCGGAUCUUCCCAACUAGGCUAUAUCUAUACGUAUUUUUAAACAAAGUCUAAAAAAGCUAUCUGUAUUGAUCGAUUUUCUCAAAAUCUACAGAACGGAUUUUUGUACGGUUUUUACUAAGAGAUAGUUCAAUUCUUCAGGAAGGUUUUUGUUAAUAGUACAUUACAGUUUUAUGUAAAUUAACUGUAAUAUAACUAUUACUAUUGAAGAGCUCGCGUGGUAAAAAAUCUCGUGGAUUGGAAUUUACUCGGGAAAUUCUUUGUGCCACACUGAUUUCUACGCGGGCGAAGACAAGAGCUAGUCAGUCAUAAAUAACAUUUACAUUCCAUAAGAGUAUGAAGACUGAACCUACUCUUCACGACAUUGAGAUAUUUUAUAAAGAAUAUCGUUUCUUAAAAUUUUGCAUUACGUAUAAAAUAGGUAUUACAUUUUUACACUAAAGCUAACGUGAAACAUAAACGAAAAAUAUGAAUGAAAAUGAUAUUAAAACUAAUAUAGAAUGCAUGUAUAAAUCAAAAAUGCAUCAUUCGGUCAGUUUGGUGCGCGGAAUUCGUUGAAAAAAUUUAUUCAACCGAUUUUCGAAUUGAAACACACGGGCAUGCGGAUGAAAUUCGCUUGCCAAAAAAUAACUGUACCGUGGUCACGCCAUUUAUUUCAGUAACAUACACAAAUUGUUGUUUCCGCAAAUAAACACUCGGUUGUACUAAUAUUUUUCAUGUUUAAAACAUUGUUCGUAAUCAGUUAAAUUGCUUUAUCACGGAAUUAUUUAUUUAGUGUGGUUGUUCGUAUCCAUCGGGACGUAGUACUGGCAUUUUAACUCCCGGACCUUUAACACCCUUUCAAUGAUUGUUUUUUUUUUAUUGUCUUAGUAGGCAAACGAGCUAGCGAGCAAUGCCAGACGCACAGCUAAGCCGUUGACUACCGGGACGUGAGCACUAAAUUAUGACGAGAAGAAGGAGUAUACGCUCGUAAGUUUUGUAAACGAAUUCCAAAUUUAAAAAUUCCAGACUCAGGCUGAUCUGAGCAGAAAAACGCAAAUACCACAUUGCCGGACCCGGGAUUCGAACCCAUGACCUAAGAACGGUGCUGUACCUAGUAUGCAGUACAACUACGCCACCGAGGAAGUUCAAUCAAUAAAUCGCAAUUACUUAGUACAUAAUCUCAAUAUUAAUAUAGAAUUCAUAGAAAUGACGCUUCAUUCGCGCACAGCGGAGCUAUCGCGUAACAGAUGCCUCGUAGCUCGAGAUUGAAUGAAAAAUGGAUGUAAAA